ACGAAUUCAAUUACCGCGAUGAUGGUGCUAAGUUUCUGAAGCCCACCUUAGAUGGUGCCAUAUUUGCAAAAUUCUCCCCCGCAGGUAUAUAAAUACGUGUGUUCAUCGUAUUCAAUAACAUGAUCGAUCGAUCGAUCCCGCGCGUCAACCAUGCAGGCCCUCGCCCUGCCCACGAUGGAGUCGGAGCUGAGGGCUCUCGCGUGGGCGACGUUGCUCACCCCAGCGUGCGCGGUGUACGCGCGGUUCGCCGCUCGCCGCCUUCGCCCCGGCGUCCCGCGCCUGGCCGCGCUCUUCCCGACAUUCCCGGUGUUCGUGUACAUGCCCUGCAUGUUCAGCUCCCUCCACCUGCGCCUCUUCUCCACCUUCUUCCACACCUGGCUGGCCAUCAACAGGCUCGUCCUCCUCGCGCUCGACCUCGGCCCGCUCCACCCGCGCCUCCCGCUCCUGCCGUUCGUCCUCUGCGCCGGCCUCCCCAUCAAGGUCCGUCUCCAGCAGCCGACGAAGAACCAAGCGUCGUCGUCGUCGUCAUCACCACCACCCAGCGCCGAGUUCCUGAGGCCAUGCGUCCGCAGCGUCCUGCUCCUCAGCUGUCUCGCCAUGGCGUACCCCUACACGAGGUGGCUCCCGCUCUACGCGCUCCACUACCUCUACUGCGUCCAGAUCUUCCUCACGCUCGACCUCGUGUUCUCCUCUAUCGCGCUCGUCUCCGCGGCACUCAUGGGCGCGAGCCUGGAGAGGCAGUUCAGCACGCCGCUCGCCGUCACCUCGCUGAACAGCUUCUGGGGCCAACAGUGGAACCUAAUGGCCGUGGACCUCCUCCGCGAGUCGGUGUAUGCGCCCGUGCGCGCCAGGUGGGGACGGGACGUCGGCGUGCUGGCCGCGUUCCUAAUGUCGGGCCUGCUCCACGAGUUCCUGUACUGGUACCUGACGCUACAGCAGCCCAGGGGUGAGAUGUUGCUCUUCUUCGUGUUCCAUGCCGCGUUCCAGAUCGCUGAGCGACGGGCCAGGGCGGCCGGGCUGUGGCGGCCGCCCAGAGCAGCGGCGUACCUCCUCGUCACAGCCUUCAUGGUGGUCACCAUAUCGGAGAUGUUCUUCGCGCCGUUCGUGAGAGCCGGCACAGACGUGCGCCUCACGGAGGAAACCACGGCGAUGGUGGAACUCAUUUGGGGUACUAGGAAAUAUCUGCUCCAUCCGUUUAGGGUGGCCUCAAGCUAGAGGCGUAAGGUCGAUUUAUGGUUGCUACAUUGUAGAGAAUCCACUCGCAGAUGAGCACUUGUAUAUCUCUAAUACUCCCUCCGUUUCUUUUUAUUUGUCGCUGAAUAGUGUAAUUUUACACUAUCCAGCGACAAAUAAAAAGAAACGGAGGGAGUACUAUAUUACUACAUGAGUCUGAAGCAUAAAACCA